GAGAAGAGCGUUUGCCGUUGGAUACGGGAUUCAGACUUUAUUUUAGAUUCUUCUUGUGAAAUUUGCAAGUUUUAUCCACUCUUUCUCCAUGUAGUGAUAAACCCUGCCAAAAAAGAGGUGAAAAGGCUGCUCAAAUAGACCUACCUCCUCUGAGGUCAGGGUAGGAAUCAUGACUGAAGACCAUUUAAUCGAGUCUGUCCUUGGUCAGUUUAUUAAUUGCCAUGAGCAGACAUAUGAAGAAUUUCUGGGCACUUUCUCUCAUCUCUUAAAAGAGGAUGCAGAGGCCAAAAGCAGAGGAUCUCGACCACACUCUUCAGAAAAUAAGCUUUCCUCAAUUAAGUUUGUAAAUAAACAGGAUCUAAAUGACCAGUGUAUCAGAAGCAAAGAUUCUUCACCCCAUUCUGACUCACAUUGUUCAGAAGAAGAACAGGUAGUGAUGGAUGAAGGCCAGAGAGUUGGCAGCUCUGUCCAAGGUGUUCCAGAUGGGAAUAGACGGGUGAAGGUAGACAAUUACCUUGAUUUAGAAGACUUUGACACUGAUGAAGAAGACGGCUCUGAAAUGAGCACAGAGCCGCAGCUGCUUCCAGGAGAAGUAGAGCAGGACAUAAUCUCUGUUCCAGGCUUUGUGCCUUCCUCUCACCGGCAUCCUCUCCUUGAUGUGAAGACCAGGCCAACUGUAAGGCAAUCAAACAAGCAAAUGGAAGAGGGGAAUUCUUCCAUAAAGGAACACAUGAUAAAAAAAAGAGGCUCUCCCUUUAGAGUGUGAGUGGUUUUCCAAAUAGAUUUUCAUCCUCAUUACUUUUAAAUGUAAAUAGCAGCUCAUAAAGCAUGCAUUGGGGAGGCAUCUGUGGUCAAGAAGUAUGUCAUCAUUAUAAGCAAGAGCAAGCCCAGCACCUCUACAGGACUCUGAAAGUCACCCCGUUGAUGGUUUCUUGGGGGAAAGAUGGCUUGCGGUGACCUUUUUCACAGUCUCACUGCAAACCACAGGGAAGAACACAGCAGCUGCCAACUCAAUGUGGAUGACUGCGGUUCCAUGACAAAUAGUUACUGCCGGAUCGGCACCAGCUGGAGCAUCAUUUGGUGGCAGCAGUCUGGGUAGGGGCCCGGGGUUCCCAGGGUUAGCACGGAUUGGGGAAGGGCCAGCAGCAGGGAGGUGGUGGUGGAAACUUGGAAGCCCAGAGGACUGGAGGUACAAUAGAAGAAAACUCACACAUCCGUCUGGCAUAUGCGUGGACAUUGUAAACCAAGAAUUUGGUCUGAUUGCCUCUCCAAUGGCAACAAUUAGGUGUUAGUGUGAUUGCUUCCAGCAGAUGAUUCUUGCUCAGCAGAAAAGACAUCUUCGGUUAUACCAUUCUUUUUCAUCACUCUUUGUUCCAGGCCAUUGUUUUUGAUCUUCCCUUUCUUGAGACUUAAAGGUACCUGUGAAUACUUUAUGUGAAAACAUUAAAGGACAGUCACAGUGUCAAUUCUUUACCUCUUAUUCCAUGAAGAUCUCAAUGUUCAAUUAUUUCAGGGUAACCAUGUGUAAUGAAACUUUUUUAGAGAUUUUCAAUCAUUUGAUUUAAUCACACACAAAUUGCCUUAGUGAUCUUUCAGCAGAAGACAAAAAAGGAGAUGUAAAGCGAUUUCUUCCAGGUUAUUAAAAAAUCAUAAAAUUGCUCUUAGAUUACACUUCUUUUGUAGUGACCAUUUAUUGUUGAGGAUUAGCUUUUUAGUAUUUAUUAAGCCAUUUUACUCUACAGAACUGUACUAACUAUCCUGUGAACUCCUUGUGUCUUCCAAUUCUGUUAUUUAGUACCGUGUUCUGCCUAUAACAAAUAAUAAAUUUGAUUGCUGGAUUAAUUACAAGUUCAAUUAAGACUUAGUCUCUGGUGUAAAAGGAGCUCACAACCUAAAUGGGGAGGACAGAUAAAUAGGGCAACAAGAAUGUAGUACAAUCUUGCCUGGCACAUAGUAAGGUCUUAACAAAUAGUAUUAAAAAAUACAUAUAUAAACAUAUAUGAGUUAAGCAAUCCAUAUUCUGAAGAUCCUUAAGUCUUGGAGCUUGUAAGAUGAGGAAAUCCGGAGUCUUUCCAUUGGCCAAUUCUAGAUCAUCCUAAUGGCCCCUCUCCUGACCAACACAAGACCUAAGAUGGAGACUUUUGGAAACAAAGACUGUGCCUUUUGCCUUGGUGAGCUUGAGACUCCUCCCUCCAAGAUCGGUGUCUAUUUUCUUGAACACUUAUCUUGAAGUGCUUGAUAUUGUUCUUUAUAGUCCCUUUGCAAUCUGUUGCUAUUGCUCUAUGCGUCUGUUUCCUGCCAUUUCGAUUUGAGUCUUGUUCAGGAUGGGGACUGCACAGAGCAAACACUUAAAGGAUACCAAAAUGAAUACUUGGAGAGUGAUCUUUAAGGUACCUCCUUGUUUCAGGCAAACAGUCCUCAGUGGGAAAUCAUCAUAGGCUUCCCAGCGUCCUGAAAUUGGAAGGCUGUCUGUCUUCUCUUUUAUGGCAGCACUUGCUCCUCGGUAUUGGGUGGGAGGAAGGGCUAGCUCUAGUCUCACUCCACCCCAGUGUGGAUCCAUUAACUUUAAUUGCAGGAGUGUUCUGGAGCACAUGACUGCCCACUUUCUACUCCUUCAGAAGACUGUGCUCUCAGAUGGAUGGGUGGGGUGGGCCCAGUUCUUGAGGCCUCUUAAAACCUCCUGAAUAUUCAGUGGUGUGGAGAAGCACUGGGCCACAUAGCUGUGGGCUUUUCCCUCUCUUUGCUCCUCUGUGUGUGUGUGUGUGUGUGUGUGUGUGUGUGUAUAUAUUCUCGGCUCAUGUUCACAUUUGUAUGUAUUUGUCUGUGCAUAUAAACAUAACACUAGCAGCUUUCUCCAUAAUAGGGAUAGAAAAAAAGAGAGGUAAAUUUUUAGUUGAAAUUUUUGCUCCUGAUCUUAUCUGGGUGACUAUUUAAUAUCAAAUAUCAUAUUUUCAUUCUUUGAAAAUGCACUAAAGUGGUACAAAUCACUUAAACAUUUUCAACACUUCAGUACGAUGGAAACUUAAAGAUAUGCCCUUCCGAUUUUACACAGUUCUUAAUUUGUUCAUAUUGCUGCAACCCUGCCACAACAAGUGGUAUAAAUGUAAUGGAUGUGUACAAGAGAGACUUCUGAUUUCUUGCCUUGAGCUAAAUUUGUUAAUGAUAUUCAUUCAGAUACAGUACAGUACAAAUGGGGCAUAUUAAAAGACUUAAAUUAGGUCAAAUUGAAUAAUUGAAUUUGUUCUUUUACUUAAAAACAGCUUAAUCAGCUGAGUGUGGUGCCUAAAAGAAGUUUAAUUAAAUAUUAAUAUAGAGUGUAUGUUUUCAACUUCUUUUAUUCUUCACUUACAGUCAUUUGGGCUAGUAAAACAUAUAUUUCUUU